AUGGAGGACUUAGAAACCCGUGCGCCCAGUGAUUCAAACCAAAGACGGUCUUCCUGGCGUGCGAAAUGCCGGGAGCGUCUCGCUGCUCAUAUUGAGGAGGCUCUAGGGUUACAAGUCAAACCGGACGAUGUUCGGCUGAAAACAGAUGAAGAAACGCGAUAUGAGUGGCAAGUCGAUGAUCCUUCAUUGUGGCCAUUUUUCAAUAAACAGCUGAGCAAACACUCCGUUGGGGCAUACAUGGCACUUUAUUACGGAGUAGGUAAUUCGUUUCGUGCUGUUGAACACAACAAGUCUCACAAUAGACUCUUAGGCCAUCCUCUCCAAGAACGAGUGUAUGCACUAGAAGUUAAGAACCAGAAACUGACCGAGGAGUUAAAAGUGACAAAAGAGCAUCUUGGAGUACUGGAGAAGGAAAACACGUCCCUGGAGAAGGAAAACACAGCCCUGAUGAAGGAAAAAACAGCCCUGAAAGAGAACGUACGGGGAUAUGAAGAGUGCAUAGCCAAGCAAAGGACGGAGUUGGAAGAUAAAGUCACUGCUCAGCAAGCGGCGCACAAAUGGAUGUCCAUGACUGCAUGCUACCAAGCUCAAUGCUCCACCGGGCUUAGCCAGGCCAUAUCCUUUCUCGAAGGCCUCAGAGCAGACAUUUCACCGGAUGAGGUGCCGAAUAUCUCUACGUGA